UUUUUUUUAAUUACUCAUUACACUAUAUACCCAUAUAACUACAUUCCUUCUUCUCUCUCUCUUUCUUUCUUUCUCUCUCUCCUUCUCUCUCUCUCUCUCUCUUCCUCUUUCUCUUCACAAUUCACAGUUGUCGGUCAUUCAACCUUGGUUGAAUUCACUCCAUUCCAAUGACGAAUCGCCCUGAAUCAGAAGGCGAUGGAAAAGUCUCGAGGACAUACAGUCUUGCUUCUGCUCCUUUGCGCUUGCUCUCACAUUCCUUCCACUCCACCGCCAACGCCCACAAUCCCGGCACUAGCAAUCUCAUCCAACAGUCUGUUGCAGAUAAUCAUUGGCAUGGAUCCGACUUUGUGUUGAAGGAUGAUAGCUACAGUUAUAGCAACAGCAUCCCUAGCACCAGCAUCAGCAGUAGCAGCAGCAGUAGCAGUAGCAGUAGCACCCAGAGCUCCAUUUUGGCCCCUACCACAUCCAGCAUUGAAAACAUCCAUCUCUCAAACUUACUCCUCGACAAUCCACUAUGCCCGUCCUUGAAUUAUAUCGAGCCUACUCCUGUGCCGUUGUCACCUUUGAUUUGCCACCAACAACGGAUUCAACCUCAACAGACUCAAGCACAGCACGUGUCGCACCAGCAACAGCCAAUUGCUUCCAGCAGUAGCAGCAGUAGUGGUACGAUUCCCUGCAAGGAACACUUUCUUGAGACUUUGCUCUCUAAACCAAGAAAAGUUUCUAGGUUGGCAACUGUUCCUAAGAGUCAUGUCCUUGUCAGGGCAGAUGCUGCCAGGAAAAGACAGAAGGAGCUAGCAGAGAGUAGUGCUAGACUGGAAAGGUUAUUGACACCGUAUGAUAUUCGAUAUUCGAUCUUUGGCCAUCUAAGUCUUCAAGACAUUUACAGCUGUCAAUUGACUAGCAAAUUGCUUUAUUGGGCUACCUCUGACCAAUUGAUAUGGAAAAGGAUCGCUCUGAAUCUAAUUCAGGGCGAGUUCUACUUUGAUAUCCCAAGAACUCUUCCCACGAAUAUCCCCAGCUGGAAAUUCUUUUGUAAACGACAUUCGUUGCGUCAACGGAACUGGCGACGGGGUCUGGUCCAAGAUGUCAUUUCACUUGACGAUAACUAUCGCAAGUUGACAACCCUUCAGAUCAUCUCUCCCUUUGUCCUGACGGGCUGUGAUGAUGGUCGUGUUCAUCUUUGGAACAUCAAUACCAGGACAUUGGCCCAUCGGUUCCAGAUCCAUGGCGAAAUCACCUGGGUCGAGCAUCUUCAAGACCAAAAGAUCGUCGCUGGCCUGGGCUAUGAUAAUGAAAAGUUCACGUCCGAGAUCCGUCUCUUCUCGACCGAAACGGGCGAGCAGAUCGGCUUUUAUAAGGAAGACUUUUGGGAUCUGGCUAUCUGUGCCGUCAACAAGACUUUUCUAGUUGCCUCGGAUGGUAAAGGUCGCUAUACCACUUGGAACUGGAGGUCAGGUACCAAAGUCAGCUACUUUAAAGUCGAAGACGAGGAGACAUCCAUUACUGAGGCUCUCUAUCUCAUUCAAGACACAAUACUAGAGCUGCACUAUGAUGGCCUGAUACGGUUGUUUUCCAUUCAAGGUGAAUGCUACGGCCGUUUCACUCUUGAUAAUAUUCUACCGAACCACCAAGUUUCCUUCUGCUGGCUUCAUAAUGAUCUCUCGAUGGUUGUUUGGGAGAAGAGCAACACAAUGGCCCAUAUUCGCUUGCCUCUACUUGUCCAGAACCGAGAUGGAGGUGAGGGUGGUGAUGGCCAAAACAACCUCGGCCUUGCACGACCGAUUUCUCAAGAAGAAUGGGAUUCUCAGGGUGCAGAAGUCUACUGGCGGCACCAAUUAGAGCACGACUGCAACUUUGCAGCGAUGGGUGGAGGACGGUAUCAGCUGCUUUACGUGCAGAUCUAUGAGAAUUUGAGUGAUCAAGUGCCGAUCCGAGUGCAUUCCCUGAGGCGUAGUGGGUCUGGACCCACUACUGCUGCUGCUGCUACUGCCUCCAAUAGUAGUGAAGUAGCACAGGCCUCACAGAGUGAAGUUGAAGGAGAAGGUUACGGUUAUGGCUAUGGGUGGCAACAUGGCGAGUAUGUCACUGCUCAUAGUCUUAAUCCAACGUUAGAAAAGAUUAUUCAAGGCCUGCGGCCUUCGCGUAUCGAUUGUGAUCCUGAGUACAUUGUCGUUGGAUUGGUUCAAGGUGGUGUACGCUUGUUGCAGUUUGCGCCUGUGGAUGAGGAACUCUUUGAGCAAUCGUCACUUUGAUAAGCUCCUACUCCCUUUCCCUCCCCUCCCCCCUCAAUUUUUAUGAAGAUCUAAGGAAAU